AUUGAUUUAUUAAAAAGAUUUUAUUUGAAACCAGUUUAUUAUUAUGAUUUUUGUUUAAUUUUAUAGGUACAAACAAUAAUUGAUCAUCAUCAUGAAAGUAUGAAAACAUCAUCCAAAGUCCGAUUUGCAGAUCCCACAGUAGAAGAAAAACACGAAAAUGAGUCCAAAGAUGAUGAAAAUAAUAUCAGCAAAGCCUUCGAGGCCAACGAUGACAAUAGAGAAAAGAACAAAGAUGAUGACGAUGAAGAUGGCGAUGGCAGUAAUGAUGAAUAUGUAGAAAAGAAACCAAAUGAAAUGAAUGUGCGUCGUAUGCACACGGCUGUUAAACUUAAUGAAGUUAUUGUAAAUAAAUCACAAGAUGCCCAAUUGGUUAUAAUGAAUUUACCUGGUCCACCCAAGGAUAUUAAUCCAGCACGUGAAAGCAAUUACAUGGAAUUUUUGGAAGUUCUUACAGAAGGACUGGAAAAGGUGCUAAUGGUUCGAGGCGGUGGGCGUGAAGUGAUAACUAUUUACUCUUAAGCAGUAAAAACAACAAAAACAAAAUGAAAUAAACAAAAAACAAAACCAAAAAACACCACCCCAACAAACAAAACAAAAUUUAAAAAAAAUGAUAUAAAACAGCAACAACAAACAAACAAAACAAAAAAGAUGAUAACAACAAUUUUGUAAUAUUUGAAACUUAGGCAACUUUUUGAAUCAAUUAAUAUUCAAGUAGUAAUUUUAGGUAUUAAAAUGAAAUAAUAAUAAAUGAAAACAAAAAUGCAAUUAAAACUAUUUUAACUUAAUUUUAUGUAUAAAGAUAAUAAAACAAAAUGUUAUAGUAAAUAAUAAAAAAAAUUAAAAACAAAUUUAGUAAAAUAAAUACAACAA